AAUUCAAAGGAGGGUCAUACCUGCAAAAAACAGUGUAUAUUGAGGGGUGAAUGUGGUAUUUGACAAAUAAAGGCAUCUAUUUCCCGGGAAAAUCAUAACCACCAACUCUACGAGUGACUUCAAACUCCCACCCCCUCUCACUCUCUGCAACAGAAAUUCAAAAACCCCAAAUUUGAUGGCAACAAUGUUGUUCACUCAAACAGUCCCAUCCAAAACCCUAACCUGCACAUCCCUCUCAGGAAGAAACCCUAACAGUAACAGAGUCAUCUCCAUGGCCACGGGCCGAGCCACCACCGCCGUGCCCUCUCCGCCGCAGCGAAGAAGAACCAUGUCCGCUCUCGAAGCCCGAAUCUCCCUCGUCGCCGCUCUCGCUUCUCAAGCCUCAUCUGUCUCCCAGAGACUUUUACUCGAAUUGGCCACGGAGACUGCCAAAUACGUCUUCCCCAAAAAGUUCGAGGCUCGUACUCUCGAAGAAGCCCUCAUGUCAGUUCCGGACCUCGAAACGGUGAAGUUCAAAGUUCUGAGUAGGAGAGACGAGUAUGAAAUUAGAGAAAUAGAGCCUUACUUUAUAGCGGAGACUACAAUGUCUGGAAAGACUGGUUUUGAUUUCAAUGGAGCAUCUCAAUCCUUCAAUGUCUUGGCUGAGUACCUGUUUGGUAAGAAUACAACAAAGGAAAAAAUGGAGAUGACCACACCAGUUUUUACACGUAAAGCUCAAUCUGAUGGGGUGAAAAUGGAAAUGACAACUCCAGUGAUAACAACGAGGCUGGAAGAUCAAGAUAAGUGGCAGAUGUCCUUUGUCAUUCCCUCAAAGUACGGUGCCAAUUCACCAUUGCCUAAAGAUCCAUCUGUAAGGAUCACAGAGGUUCCAAGGAAAAUAGUUGCAGCUGUUGCCUUUUCAGGUUUUGUUACUGACGAGGAAGUUAAGCGACGGGAGUCCAAGUUAAGGGAAGAUUUGAAAAAAGAUGGACAGUUCCAAGUGAAGGAGGGAACUUCAGUUGAAGUUGCACAGUAUAAUCCACCAUUUACACUUCCAUUUCAACGGCGUAAUGAGAUCAGUCUGGAAGUCGAAAGUAAAGAGCAAUAGUUUUCAGAAAUUUACAAACUUUUGGUCUAUUGACUAUACACGAUUUCUCCUGUAAAGAAACUAAGUCAGCAGUUGGAUAUCUGCCCAAUCAAAUAUCUAUGUAAUGUCAUACGGUAUGUAAAUAUAGAAUAUGAACUACAAAAAGUUUGUGGCAUGUGUUUCAACUACAGACAUAUGAUUGGGAUGUAUAUUGUUUACUAGCAUGAUAGCAUCACAUGUUCUUGAGUUAUACACUCUGUAAAAUUACCAUAUUUUGUUAGAGGGAACUUGUAAAUAAUCUCCCCAGUGCUUUCCUUUUCAUUGUCAUCUUCCUUAAGUUGUGGCCUACGCGCGCAUAUAGUUAGCG